GAUGGGCCAGCAGGUGGGCCGCGUCGGAGAGCCGGGCGCCGCCGCCGCCGCCGCGCUCCAGCAGCAGCAGCAGCAGCAGCAACCGCCGCAGCAACAGCCGCCGCCGCCUCUUUCCCAGCCGCAGCCCCAACCUAGGGGGCUCCGAGGCAGCAGCAGCAGCAGCAGCAGCGGCGCGACCAGGCCCGCCAGCCGGAGGCGAGAGGCGGCCGCUCCCCGAGGCACCGAGAGCGGCUUCAAUAUUUUCACCCAGCACGAGGCUCUGCACCGCCCCUAUGGUUGUGACACUGAACCCCAGGCACUGAAUGAAGCCAUCAGGUGGAGCUCCAAGGAGAACCUGCUUGGAGCCACUGAGAGCGACCCCAAUCUUUUUGUUGCACUUUAUGAUUUCGUAGCAAGUGGUGAUAACACACUCAGCAUCACCAAAGGUGAAAAGCUACGUGUACUGGGUUACAACCAGAAUGGUGAAUGGAGUGAGGUACGCUCUAAGAAUGGGCAGGGAUGGGUGCCAAGUAACUACAUCACCCCAGUGAACAGCCUGGAAAAACAUUCCUGGUAUCAUGGACCAGUGUCACGCAGUGCAGCUGAGUAUCUGCUGAGCAGCCUAAUUAAUGGCAGCUUCUUAGUUCGGGAAAGUGAGAGCAGUCCAGGACAACUGUCCAUCUCGCUCAGGUACGAGGGACGUGUUUACCACUACAGGAUCAAUACCACCACAGAUGGCAAGGUGUAUGUGACAGCUGAAAGCCGCUUCAAUACGUUAGCAGAGUUAGUUCACCAUCACUCAACAGUAGCUGAUGGACUGGUGACAACCUUGCACUACCCAGCACCAAAGUGCAAUAAGCCCACAGUAUAUGGAGUGUCUCCCAUCCAUGACAAGUGGGAGAUGGAACGAACAGAUAUCACCAUGAAGCACAAGCUCGGAGGAGGACAGUAUGGUGAAGUGUAUGUUGGGGUAUGGAAGAAAUACAACCUCACAGUUGCUGUGAAAACACUCAAGGAAGAUACUAUGGAGGUGGAGGAGUUCUUGAAAGAAGCUUCUGUUAUGAAGGAAAUCAAGCAUCCAAACUUGGUGCAGUUAUUAGGUGUGUGCACUCUGGAACCCCCUUUUUACAUAGUGACAGAAUACAUGCCCUAUGGGAACCUGUUGGACUACCUGCGCGACUGUAAUCGGGAUGAAGUGACUGCUGUUGUUCUGCUGUAUAUGGCUACGCAGAUAUCCUCUGCUAUGGAGUACCUGGAGAAGAAAAACUUCAUCCACAGGGAUCUAGCAGCCCGCAAUUGUUUGGUUGGAGAAAAUCAUGUAGUGAAAGUGGCUGACUUUGGAUUAAGCAGACUGAUGACUGGAGACACAUACACAGCUCAUGCUGGAGCAAAAUUUCCUAUCAAGUGGACCGCCCCUGAGAGUCUGGCCUACAACACAUUCUCAAUCAAAUCAGAUGUUUGGGCCUUUGGAGUAUUGUUGUGGGAGAUUGCCACUUAUGGGAUGUCACCCUAUCCUGGCAUUGACCUCUCUCAGGUUUAUGAUCUGCUGGAGAAAGGUUACCGGAUGGAACAGCCUGAAGGUUGCCCCCCAAAAGUCUAUGAACUUAUGAGAGCAUGCUGGAAAUGGAAUCCCCUAGACAGGCCUUCAUUUGCCGAGACUCACCAAGCCUUUGAAACAAUGUUCCAUGAUUCCAGCAUCUCUGAAGUGCCUCUCGUUAGCACCCAGAUCUACUUUCCUCUUCCCUUGCUGCUCUCUGUUCCAACUAUUCCCCUGACGUUUCUUACAGAAGUGGCAGAAGAACUUGGAAGGACAGCGUCCUCUUCAUCCAUAGUUCCUUAUUUGCCCCGAUUACCCAUGCUUCCUUCCAAGACCCGGACGUUGAAAAAACAAGCAGAAAACAAAGAGAAUAUUGAAGGAGCCCAGGAGACUGUAGAGCAUUCUGCUUCCAGCUCUGCACCAGGUUUUAUCAGAAGCACACAGCAGACCAGUGGAUCCCCAGCACUACCUCGCAAGCAGAGAGACAAGUCACCCAGUGGCUUAUUGGAGGACCCCAGAGAGACAACCUUCACCAGAGACAGAAAAGGUGGUUUCUUUAGCUCUUUCAUGAAGAAGAAAAAUGCCCCAACGCCUCCAAAACGCAGCAGCUCUUUCCGCGAGAUGGAAAAUCAGCCUCAUAAGAAGUAUGAGUUGACGGGUAACUUUUCGGCAGUGGGUCCUUUGCAGCAUAUUGAUGGGUUUUCUUUUACCCCCUCCCAGCAGGAUGGAAACCUUUGCUCAUCCAAGUGCUACGUUGGAGGCUUUGCACAGCGGAACUUCUGUGGUGGUGAUGAUGGUGGUGGCGGCGGCGGCGGCACUAGCAGUAGUGGAGGCACAAGCACCGGCAGUGGGUGGUCAGGCAUCACAGGCUUCUUCACCCCACGCCUUAUUAAAAAGACCCUGGGUUUGCGAGCUGGGAGGCCCACAGGUGGAGAAGAAGCUGCAAAACCUUUCCCCCGGUCCAACUCGACAUCUUCCAUGUCCUCAGGCCUUCCUGAGCAGGAGAGAAUGGCCAUGACCCUUCCCCGAAAUUGCCACCGGUCAAAAGUCCAGCUGGAAAGGACAGUAUCCACCUCCUCUCAGCCGGAGGAAAAUACAAGCAAGUCUAGUGACUUGCUCCCUAAAAGGUGUGAAGAACUCCCUACUCUGACCAGAGACAGACCAAAAGCCAAACUUUUGCCAAGAGGUGCCACAGCUGUUCCCCUCAGGACCCCUUCCGUGGAUGUUGCUAUUUCAGAGAAGGACCUUCAGGGGCCAACAGCAACUGCAAGCCUGAAGAGUAAAGAGAAGAACAAUAGUACACGUCAAGGGUCCGUAGAAGGUGAAGAAAAGUCAGGCUGGCCUUCUCCAGCCAAGGCUGCAGCAAUACUUCCAACCACUCACAACCACAAAGUGCCCGUCCUCAUCUCGCCCACUCUAAAGCAUACUCCAGCCGAUGUGCAGCUCAUUGGCACAGACUCUCAGGGGAAUCGGUUCAAGCUCUUAUCUGAGCAUCAGGUCACUGCUUCCAGUGACAGGCCCAGGCGGAUAAAACCAAAGUGCGCUCCACCACCACCACCAGUCAUGAGGCUGCUACAUCAGCCUCCCGCAUGCUCGGAUACAACAGACGAAUUGAAUAAUGGAGCGUUGGUACAGCAUGGGCAAGAAGCAGGUGAGGGCAGCAAAAAGGCAGUAGCGGCACCUGCCGGUGGAAAAGCUGGAAGGCCCAUAAUGCCUCCACCUCAAAUGCCUCUGUCACUGUCUUCCACCUCACCUGCCAAAAUAGCAAAUGGCACAGCAGGAGCCAAAGUAGCGCUGAGAAAGACCAAACAGACUGCUGAGAGAAUCUCAGCAGACAAAAUCAGCAAAGAGGCGCUGCUGGAAUGUGCGGACCUCCUCUCGAGUGCCAUUGCAGAGCCCACCACCAACAGCCAGCUGGUGGACACGGGGCACCAGCUACUAGAUUACUGCUCAGGCUACGUGGACUGCAUCCCCCAAACACGCAACAAGUUUGCGUUCCGGGAAGCUGUGAGCAAACUGGAACUCAGCCUGCAGGAGCUGCAGGUGUCCUCAACAGCUGCUAGCGUGCCUGGAGCAAAUCCUGUACUUAAUAACUUAUUGUCUUGUGUUCAAGAAAUCAGUGAUGUUGUCCAGAGGUAGCUACUGUCAAAAAUCUGGUUAGGAAGAAAAAUGUACACAAGAAUGGAGGGAGAAGGGUCAGGAUAACCUCUGAUUUCCCUCCUCCCCCUCCUACGUUGAUGCUUUUGAAUGGAAAGACUGAUACUUGAGUAAGUUUUAUGUGAAGUACCUCAGAUCACUGAGCUGUCAUGUUUACAGGUUCAUCUCAGUACAUGGGGCAGAUGGGAGGGAAGCCAAGCUUUAUGGGGAGUCACAUGAUUGCAGCUGAGAAGGGCAGAAUGUCAAGAAAUCACCCUAGCCAGAAAAUGCAUCAACGAAAGGGGAGCUUGUGCUCUCAUUCUGCUUCCAGGAGGCAGGAGAAUUGUUUUGGGAAGGACCUGCUGUUCUCUGUGAUGCUACCCAGUUGACCAGAAUUAUUGGGGACGGGGUGGGGGUUCCGUUUCUGCACUACUGCAUGUUUUGACCUCCUGAGAUCAUGGCGGAAAGGUUCAGAGGCUCCUUUGGAACUGGGGUCGACUGAUCUUUACAAGAAGAAGAGGAUUCGUUUUGGUGAAGGUCCAUUGUGUUAAAAUGAUGUUUGGAGCUGCAGGAAGUGGAUGCAUUAGUCCUCCUGGCAGAACCUCCGCAGUGCGUUUUGCUGCUGCAAUGAGAAAUGCUAAAACUGAGCUGAUAGAUGAAACGCACCCCUUUUGCCAUCCUCCUCACAUCUUUGACCACCCACACAUCCACUCCUUCACAGCUUCGUGAGUGAUGGUUGGGCAGACUUGCCACUGGAUUUCACACAAUCACACCCCACACUCAAACUAGCUAUCAUCACCAUUUUGGUAGUGUAGCAUGGGUAUCUAACCUGGGAAUCACUUGAGUAGUUAGGGGCUGUAGCACAAAUUUACCAGCAUGUGUCCAAAAGCUGUUACAUUAUGUCUGUUUUUUGAACUUUGGUACACCAUUGGCCCUUUUCUUUUGAUAAACUUUGAGGGGCCGCCCUGGAUUAAAGGCAUUGCAGAAUGCUGCUGCUGCUCUCUACAUUCCU